GGAACAGCGGUAACUAUCAACGUCGUUAGGGAUAAGUCGUUCCGGAUUGGAUACGUGAUUAAGCUAUUUGUUCCAUUAAUACCUUUGUGUCCUUAAUUAAUACCUGCUUGUUUGAUAUACAUAAAUGAGAAAUAAAUGCAACAUAGCGACCGGAAAUGUAGUAUUUAAUAACUGACAAACUUUUCAUAAAUAGAUAGUUAUGGCGUUGAAUCCGGAUGAUAUUUUGAAGGAACAGUUUCCGGAUAAUGUUUCUAUCAGUGACUUAUGUGAUUGUGGGAAACACAAGAGGCGGAAUCAUGGAGCACCACCAUUUCCCAGGAAAUCUGGACCAUGUCCCGAUUCCGACUACAUGGCUACAUUCAAAGGAAUAACUCAGCGUCCACGAUCCAGCAAGAGACCUAUGACGGAAGUCCCGUUUGCGAGGAUUCCCAGAGAGCCUAUGAUGUUAGAUACCAACCAGCGGUCGGAUUUCAGGUCACAUGGUCAUAUUGAAAGAACAAAACCGAUUAUUCCAGAUUUAUAUGGGAGUGCCAUUUUUCCAUCAGCAAGCAGAACAAUUCAACAUGGCCGCCGUGUCAGUAAAAGUGAGGAAAAAUUUGAACCGUCGUCUGCUAAGAUUGAAGGAAUCACUUCGUAUACCACGGAGUUUAUCCCCAAACAAUUGCAACCAGAGUUCAGACGAAUGGAACCGAGACCUAAUUACGUACUAUCAGAUGCUAAGUUUGAAAACAGAACAACCAACAAGGAACAUUAUAAAAAGUGGGUUCCUUCUAAACAAGUUCAAUUUGGAGAGAUGCCGAGCUUCACAGGUUCAAUAUUGUAUCCUGAAAUGAAAGAAAAGUUACCAGAAACAUGUACCCAGGAUUCCUUUAAAGGAGAGUUUGUCAAACGACCGGAGGCCAUUCGACUUUCUGAGUCAAAUAUCAAAAUGGAAGGUGAUAUGUUUAUGAAUACCACAAACCACGACACAUUUACCAAACAUGAAGGCGACCAUCGUGUCAAGAGGACAAUAAAUCAACCAACACUAAAAGUAGGCAAAGGUCUGGGUAAAUUUGAAUCGUUAACACAGAACAGACGAGACUUCCCUAGUUAUUUAGAUCCAGAGAGAGCUAGAGCUGCCGAACCUGCUCCAUGUACCAUUGACCUGAAGUUUGACAAUAAACGAAGUUUGACAACAGAGCAGAAGGAAGUUUUCAAAGGUCACGAUGUAGUGUUGAAUCCUAUGGCUAAGGCUAUUAGGACAGAUGUUUUAGAAUAUGAACCACCAACGGUCAAGUUUGAAACACAAACAUGCAACAAGCGUGAUUAUGUUCCUAAGGAAAUCCCAAAGGUUUUGAUGAGGAAUUUCCCGCCAGAAGGACAAAUGCAACGCCGAGAUGACAAGUUUGAUGACAGGACUAUGUCUAAACACUUCUUCCAGAAUUGGGGACCACAGUCACGUGUUAGAUAUGGAGAUUUCCACGAGAACAGACCCUACAUUCCCCCUCAAACUAAAUUUGACCAUGAUAGUGUAACAAAGACCUCUUUCAUACCUAAGAAAUAUGAACCCAUUAAAGACUUCAGACCAGAAUACAAGCCUGUAAACCAGGACGGAGAAAUAGACUUUGGAACAGUUCAUAGACAAACUUAUACAAAACCUGUUGUUAAACCAUGUAGGGCUCAAUUAUUUUUGUUACAAAGAGAAUUAAAGAAAUUAAAGCUGGAACGAGAAGGAUCAGCCCCACCAGCACUCACUGUUAAGUAAAAAACUGUUUUUUAGUUCUAAUUAUAAGCUUAUCCUUCUAUUUCUAAAUCGUUCCAAAGUAGUUUUCAAUUUAUUGAAAUUGUUAUUCUCUACCUUUUUUUUCAAACUCACAUCCAAGAUGAAACUUUAUUAAUUUUUAUGCCAUCAUUAUAUUUUGAUUUUAUUAACAUGUUUAUCAUAGUUGAAAUGGUCAUGUGUGUUUUAGUAUCAUGCAUUUCAAAGCAUUUUUCGUCACAAUAACGUUUUCAAUGUAUGUUGGUGUUGAAUAUGCAAAUUAAUAUUACUUGAGUUAUGAUUAAUUUUUAUAAUUAUGCAUGUGUGUCAAUGUUUUUCUCGUUUAUAUUGGCUAUGCUACUUAUUUUUGUGUCAAUUGUGAGUUUCAGUAGACGAAUGGUGAAAAUUACAAUAGGUUUUGUCAUUGUUUUGAAAGAGGGUUUUUACCAGGGUAACAGAAUGUAAUACUCUUACUGCCGGAAACGUUAAGCAAAUCAGUCAUUUUCACCUUAAUCAAACAAAUUUAUGUUUAAUCAUAUCUCUUCAGAGUUAAAAUAAUUGUAAAAUAUAGAAACUUUACUUGUGUCAUAAUUUCGAUGCACAUUCAUCCAACCUUUGCUUGCCACUUACUUUUUGACAAUCUUAAGUAUUAUAUGUUUUGUUACAUUAUUUUAUAUUAAUAUUUAAUAUUCUGUAGAGUUUUAUGUUUUGUUAUUUGUUUUAUUAUUGUUAUGCUAUUUAAAAAAGGUACAACAAAAAAGUUAAUAUAUAUAUACCAUGACAAAAGGUGUACAUGUAUACAUUGUAACAUAUAGAGAAAAAUUAUAAUUCUUCCAAUCGGCAUGCUUUGUGGCAUUUACAUGUUACUUAUUUUAUCUUGUGUGGAAUUUACAUUUUUAUAUUCUUUUCUAGGGUCUAGACUAUAUUGAAUUUAGCUAACAUCUUUAGUUGCUGGAUAAGUUUUUAUACGUUUGUCAGUGCUUCUAAAAGAACACAAUAACUUCUUUUUUUUACAAAAUAGCUGUGAUUGUAUAACGAUCUGUGAUAGAUAUACAUGUAUUUUACUAUGUUGAAAAACAAUCUGGAAUAAAAACAUCUUUACUAAAAAA